ACCCGGCUCACUCAAUGUCAUUUUCAAGCUUGAACGUACUAAAGAGGGAAUGUACAGCGUUUGAAACAUGCAUUUCUUUCAAAGAAACUGUUGAAAAUCUUCUUUUGUGCGAGCAUGGGAGACAAAAGGUCUGACAAGACAAUUUGGGACUUGGCGAUAGAGGAGAGGGAUUAUUUACUUAAUGAAGCUAAAAAGAAAGGAACUCAAGAGUCUUCCCCUCAUGGGGAAGAAGCUGGCAUAUUCUUGAUAGGAAGCAAAAAUGCUGGAAAAACUUCAAUGGUUCUAAGAUUUCUUGACAGAGAUGAGGUACCUAAACCAACAACUGCUUUGGAUUAUACUUUUGGGAGAAAGGCAAAAGGUCAUAACAUUGCAAAAGAUGUUGGGCAUAUUUGGGAGCUUGGUGGCGGAACAUUCCUUUCAAAGCUGAUUGAUAUUCCAAUAAAUGUAGACUCUGUCAGAGGUUUGUCAAUUAUAAUCUUUCUGGAUCUGUCUCUACCUAAUGAGUUAUGGCACACCAUGGAGACCUUACUGAAUCAGGUUAAAAAGAGGGUACAUAAGGUAAUGGAUGAGCUUGCUGCCAAGAAUCCCAGUGCAGUCCAGAAAUUAAGAAAUGACGCAUGGGAAAAAUUCGGCACAGAUCAUCCGGACAAAUCGUUUGUUGAACCAUUUCCAAUCCCUCUGGCCAUUGUUGGUGGAAAGUAUGACAUAUAUCAGGACUUUGACCCAGAAAAGCGCAAGAUGAUAAGCCGUGCCUUGAGAUUUAUAGCUCAUUGUAAUGGGGCACACCUCCAGUUUUUCAGCACUAAAACAGAAGGGUUGGUUGGACGUAGCCGUGGGAUGAUAGGUCAUCUUCUGUUCCACACUUCUCUAGGCAAAGCUAUUGGUGUGGACCAUAACAAGCCUAUAAUAGUGUCUGCUGGUCAGGAUAGCCUUGCACAGAUUGGUGCUCCACCUGUCGCGAGUGAAGAUCUUGGACGUUUGCAAUCAAGGAACCCAUAUGACCUUUGGAAAGCAGCAUAUGCUACAUUCUUCCCACCAGAGAAAUCAAAGCAACACUCAGACAGAGAAGACCCAUCAAAAGAUCCACAGUAUUUUGAAGCAGCGGUGGAUGCCAUGAGAAAGCAGAAAGAUGAGGAGCUGGAUAGAUAUCGACGACAGGCAGAGCGGAAGGCGCGGGAAAUGUCACGUGACAAAUCCGGCAAGCGUGUGCGCUAGGAAGUGUACAGUAAACAUAUUGACAUGAAACAUAGAUAAGCACUUAAUUAAACUCUAAAUAACGGACAUACUUAUCACCGAAAAACAAGAAGAAAUCUAUUUCAGUGAAACUCCCAUAUAACGGACAAACUUGAGACCGAAAGACAAGCGUUAUAUUACAGUGGAACCUUUAUAUAACGGAUACCAUUGGAACCGAGAGAAUGUGUCCGCUUAACGGAGGCCCAAAAGUGGUUCGGUAUGGAAGUUUCACUGCACUUAAAUUUAGUACAUAAUGAUCAUCUCAAUAUUUGUUAACAGGAUGUAAUAUUAUUAUUCAUGGUUAUGGUGGGUAGUUCUUAUCCCACAAGGUUUAGUGUUUGGUAGGAUGCACAGCUCUUAAUACUACGACACAGGAAUGACCCAGUAAGGGAAUGAGACGGCUGACACAGCAAUGACCCAGUAAGGGAAUGAGACGGCUGACACAGCAAUGACCCAGUAAGGGAAUGAGACGGCUGACACAGCAGUGACCCAGUAAGGGAAUGAGACGGCUGACACAGCAAUGACCCAGUAAGAAAUGUGACCGCUGUUAUUGUUGGGGUAGAUCUUUUAUCCCGGAACCUGGUUUGUUAUAUUAGAAUAAGAGGUAGGAUUUUUGCUAAAAUAGGGGAAGUAUUUAUUAUCAGAUAUAAAAGAUGAUCGAUGAAGUAUGUUAAAGCGCGACCUUGGUCCUCUGCUUGAGUAAAAUCGCUAGAGUGAAAACACAUUUCCGGACUGAGAAUAUGAUUAUUUAACCGACUAUUAUUCAUUCAGGGGAGUACCAAGAGUGUCUUGGGGUUCCGGGGUCCUCAUUUUUUUAACCAAUAACAUACCCUGUUUUUCGCUAACCUAAAAAGUCCCCCCCCCCUAAUAAAAAACUUUACGCCCAGUUACGCCAGUGUCAUCAAGUUGCAUGCAUGCCUCUCUACAUACAAAACAUAUAACUGGUAAAUGUAAAAUAAAAUCGUCUUUCAAAGGUAAA